UAACCAGUGGACACGCGUAUUAUCUAACUAAGUAUUUUGUUGAACUCUGGUGAAGGACGAAACUCGCCACAAAUCAUCAUGGCAUCGCGCAUGAAAAAUAUAUCUUUGAAGUAUAAUGUUAUCGCUGAAAACCUCAAACGUGCACCAAAGCCAGAACAUAUCAAUUUUAGAGGAAAGACGAAGAAAGAUCCCAUGGAAAUUUAUAGAGAUGGAAUAGGAUCGCGUCUUCCUGAAGCUUACUUCAAGUGGAACAGAAUUGGAUUUGAACCAUCAGCAGUUCACUGGGAUGAUAAAGGAGUUGAAUGGGAGAAGGAUCCAAUAACUGGAGACAGAAAACGUGUGAAUCGAGUACCAAUCCAAGCCUAUUACCCGCCUGAGGCUCGGGUAGGUUUAUGGGGAGGAGAAGGAUGGGUGAAAGGAUACAGGAAGUCAAAAGGAGAUAGAGGAGUAAGAUUAAACAAAACCUGGAAGACAUACGUUGCCACACGGAAGCUGGAAAGUGAAAUCUUGGACAAAAAGUUUGAAAUACCAGCAACGAAUCGGGUGAUGGACCUUAUAGAUGAAGCAUAUGGUUUUGACUUUUAUAUACUUCAGACUCCAGCUGAGGACCUGAAUUCCCUGGUGGGUAUGGUAGUAAAGAGACAUCUCUUGCUCAGGUUAGCUAGCCCUCAAGACAUGUAUCCUGAUGAUCCAGAAAAUAGAGAUAGGAUCUACAACAAAUACAAAAGAUUUGUUAUACCUAAAGAAGAAGCAGAGUGGGUAGGCUUGACCCCAGCUGAAGCCUUUGCUAGGCAGAGAGGUAUAGAAGCUGCAGCUAAUCCUAUCACACCAUUACAAGACAUCUAUACCCAAGAACUCAUCGCUAAAUAUAAAGAACACAAAGUUCAAAGUGAUGGUCUGUACACAUUCAGUAAGGAAGAAGAAGAAAAAGCAAAGCCCUUCCUGCAGAGGUUCUUUGGUAGUGGAUCCAAGUCAAAGGAUGAUGGAACGAGUGUAUGAUGCAUGAUGGGUACCACCUAGAAGACAUCACCUCUUAUCAUCAUGUGUG